AUCCACAAAGAAAAGUUAAAGAAAAUGUAAAAAGUAAAUCAGGUUUUACCAGACCCAGCCCACUGUAUAACAAGUUGUUGUUGCAAAGGGACCUAACUGGGUUAAUUAUAGAGGCCUUACACCAGGUUGCAGAAGACGUAAACCUGAAAGUCAAAAAUUCAGUUCAUGGACAUGCAAUAACCACUAUCGCAACUACAUUGGUUUGCAACUUGCAGUCUAGUGACACUCCCUUGCCGAAGAGUUUAAUAGAGCAGUUAACUUCGAAGAUCUGGUAUUUUUUGUCUCUGGGGGACUCUGAGCGUACAUAUUCUGCACAGAACGAGAUGGUUUGGCAUGGUUUUUUUAAUAUGUGGGUAGAUAGAAAAACCACAGAUGACCUAAUUCAUGUAUUUAUGGAUUUUCUGCCCAGUGACACAAAUAUAGAUGAACUGUUCAAAACUGUACGAAUAUGUAUUUUUAACUUAGCAGUGUUGGCAAGAACCCAAAGGGACACCAUGGACUACCAGUCUGAAACAGCUGAAUCAGCAAGUACAAUCGAACUAAGUAUUGAGGAAGAGCAGGCACUCAGAUAUUUUGCUGGUUACUUUCCCUACAACUUAAAGAAAAAAUAUGUCAGACGUGACAACAUCAAAUGCCGGGCCUACAUUUCAAUCCUAGAUGAUAUGAGGGAUGACUCUCAAAAUGUCUCGGAUAUUUCAAAGCAGUGGGUUUCUAAACAAGAUAGAGGUGGGCUAUUUGCUGUCUCUGAUGCCAGUUACCUUUUUUUCAAACACGUCGAAAUUGUUUGCGCAAAACAUCUAAGAACUUGUCAGAUUGAUGGGUACAAUGGAAAAAAUAUUCAACAACCACUUGUUGGUGACAUUUUGUCGAAAAAAUGUGUUCACAAAGCGUGGUCCACAAUUUCAAGGAAGGCGAUCAGUGAUGAAGUUGCUGCUACUUUGCUCAACAAUGUGAAACGAUUACAAGGAGAUGGAAAGACCAUAACUACUAUAUCAUCUACAACGUCGGGUAUAACACAGGCCAAAUUUACAUUGACUACUGCCAAAGUGAGUGCAUCACCAUCUAUGACAGUCACAACUAUAGGCGUAACGUUAGCUGCAGCUACUACUACAUCAUCACCUGCUGUUACUACCACGCCUGUCACCAAGAAACUAAUACCAGCAAGAACUAAAAUAGUUACAUCACAGCUGCCAUCAAAGAUAGUAACCAUGACACUUUCAGGUGCAACAUCAACUAUUCCAAAAAUCAGUUCAACACCAACAACAUUAUCAGUGGUUAACAAGCAGUUUCCAGCAUAUCAACCCAAGACUAUCAUAGCAAGUGGGGCUGCUACUACUACUACAAAUAUGCUAACUACAUCAUCAAUAGCAGUUACAACAGCUAAACCUGGCCAGCCACUACCAACAGGCACCUUUGUACUUAGACAGCCAAUAGUGAUUCGAACUCCGGGUGGUCAGACACAAAUACUGCAACCAGGUCAGAUUAUCCAGACCACAACUGGACAGGCUCAUCUUGUCAGGGGUCAGGGUCAAGUUAUCCAGGGUCAAGCUGUGCAGGGUCAGAGGCUUAUUGCACCGACAAAUAUUCAAAUCAGAGGUCAGACUCCAGUUAUACAAAGUCAAGUUCAAACCACUUCAACAGUACCUGGCACCACAAUACAGAGAUUUAUAUUGCAGUCUCCUACUGCUGCUGCUGCUGCUACGACUACCACAACUACUACUGCAGGUACUGCGUCGUCUGCCACUAUGGCUCUCAACACACUUACUACUACAACUAUGGCUACUCCCACCAUUGGUAAGUUUACUAUGGCUCUCAACACACUUACUACUACAACUAUAGCUACUCCCAACAUUGGUAAGUUUACUAUGGCUCUCAACACACUUACUACUACAAGUAUGACUACUCCCAACAUUGGUAAGUUUACUAUGGCUCUCAACACACUUACUACUACAAGUAUGACUACUCCCACCAUUGGUAAGUUUACCAUGGCUCUCAACACACUUACUGCUACAACUAUAGCUACUACCAACAUUG